CCUCUGUGCUUAAAACCCCACGACCCCAAUUAGACUGUGGUCAUCCAGGCAUCAUGUCUUCUCUUCAGCGGAUCGUCGUGUCAGCCCUGCUGAUUCUUACCAUCACCUUUGCUUUCUUUGCGCAGAGCUCGGAGGCGGCCAAAGGUCCUAAGAUCACUCACAAGGUUUACUUUGACAUUGAGCAUGGCGACGAGAAGCUUGGACGUAUCGUAAUGGGUCUUUACGGCAAGACUGUUCCCAAGACCGCAGAGAACUUUCGUGCUCUCGCUACUGGCGAGAAGGGCUUCGGCUAUGAGGGAUCGACGUUCCACCGAGUGAUCAAGUCCUUCAUGAUCCAGGGCGGUGACUUCACCAAUGGCGAUGGCACUGGUGGCAAGUCCAUCUACGGCCAAAAAUUCGCCGACGAGAACUUCAAGCUCAAGCACUCCAAGAAGGGACUUCUUAGCAUGGCCAACUCUGGGAAGGACACAAACGGCUCUCAGUUCUUCAUCACCACCGUGGUCACCUCGUGGCUCGACGGGCGCCACGUUGUUUUCGGCGAAGUCCUCGAGGGCUACGAUGUCGUCGACGCUAUUGAGAAUGUGCCCAAGGGCGGAGGCGACAAGCCUUCAAAGACGGUCAAAAUCGCCAAGAGCGGCGAGUUGGAGGUCCCCCCUGAAGGUAUACAACUCGAAAACGAUAAAGAUGAGCUAUAGACCCUCAAGAUAGCUGUGGACCAGACGGAGAGGCGCUGAUUCUUCCCUUUAUCAAGAUACAUAUGGCGAAGCGGAGCCUGCUAUCAGUGGCGACAACCUCGACAUCACUUCGCAACAAACACUGGCAGAC